GCUCGCUUCUUCUUCUUCUCGCCCCCUCGUUGGCAAGUUCGUUGCUCGAUUGUGUGUGUGUGUAUUAUAAGUAUACGAUAAUAUUAUAAACUCGACGGGCUCGUUGUGUUUUCUCUACUUUCUACAGAGUACCGGCUGCAGUGUGCACGAAUUUACAUCGAUACAUUCGCGUUUCCUUUUGUUUACGUUAUUUCAUUUUUUUUUUCGGGGAUCGAGCUUGCGAGUGUAUAUUGUACACGAGACGCCUCGAGUUUGAGUGAUGAUCGCGCUAGUGAAAGUCGUAACGUUACGAGAGUGAUACGAGAACGCGAGGCAUCGAAAGAGACGCACGGAGAGAAGAGGAACAAUUACACGAGCGACGCGUGUGUCAUUAGUGCAGUCGCUUAUCUUGGCUUGUCGUCGUCUCCGUCGUCGUCGUCGAGCUACGAGAAAGACGAUUUCGUCAAAACAAAAGGUCGUACAAAUAAACCGCUUCAAGCUGGCAAGCGGAUCCGAGAAGCAAUUUUGAGAGGAGAAAAAAAAAUGCCGAACGAUCAACGGAGCCCUCGGCACUCGAGGCAGUCGAUACGCCUCCUUACGAGCUUGGUCGUCGUCGUCGGUUAUCGUCGCCAUCACGAUCGUCGUCGCCUUCAGCAGCAGCAGGACGAUCGUCGUUGCCGUCAUCAUCCGGCCUUCGUGUGAAUCUCGAAUAAAGAGAGAAAAAAAACAAACAAACGAACCCCGGAAAGAUAAGGGAAAACUGAGUCAAGAGAAGAGAGAGAGAGAGAAAAAAAAAUGACCGAGUGACGAUUGAGUGCGUAAAGAAAAAAAAAAGAAAAAUUGUGUGCAUCUGCCCCGGAUCGUGUGUCGUGCGCGUUUUUUUCGGAAUCGUAUCAUCCCUAUACGUGUGGCGCGCCGCUGCCUAUGCUGAUCUAUCGUAAAAUGGUAUCAGGCUGCUGGUGUCCGUGCGUGCCGUCGCUGGCUCGUCGCAACACGACGUCCUCGUCGUCGACCCAACCGCAGCAGCAGCAUCAACCGGAUUCCUCCGCUGCCGCUCGGGCCGGUAUUAACAAUAACAAGAGACGCGGCGGCAGCGGAGUCGGCCGGCCGUUCAGCAUAAGCGCAGCCACGGAGCGCGCCGACAUGGUGCAGAUGUUCUACUACGAGAAUCGCGGCAAGUGCUGCCGCAAGCUGCUCAGAUACAACGGAUAUCCGAACAAGGUGCUGUUAUUUCCCGAGGAAGGCUGGGCGAGAAGCGCGAGCAGCUCCUAUUGGACUCUGACGCCGUUCUGGUGGAGCCGCAGCCGGUGCAAAGUGGUCGAGGUCGCUGGAACGAGAAGAUACAGUACACAAGCGAAAAUGGUCGACACGGGCACGGGCACUCUCUACAUAAUUGGCUCUUUCAAGAGGCAGACCAUCGAUGCCGAUUUCAAGCUGUUCCUGACGUCCAACGUCUCGUCGAGCGACUUCAACAUGGGCUACAGCAUGACCGGCACUCUGGAGCGCGGCUGCAAGAAGACCAACACCUUCCAGAUGACGCACUUCGCCGUGAUCAGGCGGCGCGACUACGAGAAAGCCUACGAGGACCCGAGCCCGACCUAGUGCUACUGCUGCCCGUCCACGCCUCCGCCGCCGCCGACCCGAUGAUGAUUACGUUAUACACCUAUACGAGGUCGUCGUUUACGAUUUCGUGAAAAUUGCAACGAAAGACUAUACCGAAAUGAAAUUUAAAAAAAAUGAAUGAACGAACGAAGCGAGAGAUAAAGGAGACGCGUACACGUUUGUGAUUACACAAUUUUAUUCGAUUACUUUUCUUUUAUUUUGGCGUAGCGCGCGGUGGCUGCGGCCUCGAAGCGUAUACGUAGUAUGGAUUAAUAAUGCGCGCGCUAACCGAUCGACUGUGUGUGCUCUGUACGUGAAAUGGGGGAAAAAAUAAUGUUUUUUUUUUUUUUUUUUAUACUUCGUUCCAUACAUCCGAGUCGCGUACAACAAGGGGUAAAAUUAACUUUUUCUUUUCGCGCGAGCGAGCGAGCGACGUUGAAUUACAAAAAUCCCCCAUUCGAUUAUACUCUCUCUCUCUCUCUCUCUCUCUCUCUCUCUCUCUCGCAUUGUUCAAACAUGUUGAUUGUGCGUGAAAACGAGUUUUCCGCGCGCGCGAGUAUAAGCGAGCGCGUGUAUAAUAACGAUUGGUAAUCGGAUUAUUGUUCGCCGUCCUAUAUAUCUAUAGAUAUAUAUAUUGUAUUAUUAAAGCGCCUCGUGUGCACGCGCGUAUGUCCGUGAGUCUGUGUGCGUCUGUGUGUGUGUGUGUGGGUCUACGUGUGCUACCUGACUGCAAUUUAUUGAUAAAAACUGAGAGCGUGUUUUUUUUUUUUUUUUUUCAUCAGAGAUUUACAAAGCUUCGAAAUAUGAAUGGCCGCACGCGAGCAAGCGAACUCGACAAUGUACAGGAGAAAUGAACAAAUAGCCAACACCGGCGCGAGAGAGCUCUCGCAAUUUCGCCCAGGCGAGAUCUCGCGUCUACUUUUUUUUUCGUUUCUCUUUUUGUUUUCAUUAUAAUUCUAUAUUUUCUUUUUUUGGCUUUUUGUAAUUUUUUACGACUGUUGUGGAGGAAUUGUACAUUGAUACGAGGCGAAGGUCUGAUUUCCUUCUUUAUGAAUUCAUGUUCCUGGUAGAAAUGCUCAACGUUAAUUACCUGAUGACCGAGAAAUUACCGUUUACUUUCAUUUAAAGUAUCAUUGAUCUAUUGAUCUGCAAGAGGCAAAGUAUAAAAUGAUUGUUCAAAAAAAGUGUGAUUAUUAAAAAUGGAUCAUAAAAUGUAUAGCAUUUUUAUCAGGAUGUUUGCCAAGACAAACAAAAAAUGAUAAUAACGGCCAUUAUUAUGUAUCAUACCAAAAUCACUUGUGUAUUCUGUCGCAUCUAAAUGAAAAAGGCGGAGGCACCCCGUGACAGACCAAAACGUCCAUUAUAGCUUUAAAAAAUUUAAGAAGAGAAAAAAAAGUAAAUUAACGAGCGGAAAAACUACGAACGUAAUCGUAUAGAUCUUCGUGUCGGAUUUAUGCGACGCGAUUAUUUAAGAAUGAAUAAUAAAAAUAUGAAUUAAUAAUUAUAGUAAGAGAAAGAGAAAGGAAAAAUUGUAUAAUCAAAGGAGCGCAAAGCUAUUACACAAAGGGUAAAUUUCGGGAUUUAUCCUGCGAUUCUUUACCAAAGUAUUAGAUCAUAAGAUAUAUAUAUUUCAAGAAAAAUAAAUUAUUGUGCAUAAUUAUAAAGUUUAAGUACAUCGAAGCAUGAUCGAUGUAAUCCGGAAACGGAAACGAGCGAAAAAACUCGUUGAAAAAAAAAAGCGACAAAGAUAUUCAUUCCUGUGUACAUUUCAAAUAUAUUGCAAUUUUUUCCUAUAAAAACGCCGUAUAUAUAUUACAAUGCGUACUUAAUUAUCAUCGUGAAACUUUCGAUUACAAAAUCGUGCGAUUUAUGCAAUUAUACUACGUGUGCACAUAAACGUUGAACGAAUUUUUUUGCUCUCGCGCGCGCACGCUGCAGGAUCAAAUUUUAAAAUAUAUUGUACAUUUCUCGAAAUAGUCUGCGCAUCGCGUGAUAUACGGUUGUAAUAUAUAAAAAUAUCUAUGUACGAAGACCGAUUUAUUUUUGCUACGAUGUAGAAAACAAACCAAAAAAAAACCAAACGAACAAAAUAUAAACGACUCUGUAGUUGGGUUUUUUCUCUAUUUUUUAAAAGUAAGACGAAAACUGCCAUACUUUUUGUACGAAUUAGCAUCCUUCCCUUGAGUAGCCAAAUUUUUCUUUCUUUUUUGUUUUUUUGUUAAUAUCAUUGUUCAACGAUAAUUACAAAAUUAAAUGUGAGGUACAACGACUUUGUCUAAAGUCAUUUCAGGCAGUGACUUGGUGCAAUAUAUAUUUACAUUAAUAUAUACAUCGGGCACGAUGCAAACGUACACUCGUGUGUACGUGUGCGCGCGCUUAGAUGAAAUUGAAUUAAAAUAUGCAAAAUCAAAGCUUAGUCCAGGUUCUGGCGCAAAAAUAUAUAUACGAUAUACGUGUCUGUAUGUAAAUCAAGUCGGGUAGUGCAAUCGUUUUUUUACCUGCAUUAAUUCAGCAUAACUAAGUAACGGCGUAGGCGAAAUAAUCGAUGUGUUAUGAAAAUUUCAAAUCGGACUCGAUAUCUAUUUUUUGUGCGAGUAUAAAAAUUACGGAUGCUUUUUUUUUUGCGCGCGAAACAGGGUCAACACCGAGAGAAAUAGUUGAAAAAUUCACUCGUCAAGCCGAGCGAGGCUCAGCCGCGCGCUCGCGUCGCGCGAUCGAAUCCCUCGCCGGACAGAAACGUCGAAUGACUAAUAUAAAUUGCAUAUUGAUAGAAAAAAGGUCAGACGCCCGAUUAAUUUUCCUCGAAUCGAUCGCGGAGCUAGUUUUUUAAUCGUUAAUUGUCGAAGUGCAACAAAGAAAAAAAAAAUAAAGAAAAAUUACUUAGUCGCUUGUCGCUGUAGAAAACGUAACCGUAAGUGAUGUUAAACAAAUUAUCAUUCGAAUGAGAUAAAUGAAAAACAAAAAAUAUACCUUGACCGAGCUAUAAUUCGAUUAGAUUAGGACAAAAAACGUCUCUUCUCGCGAUCCUCUUCGCGAUUCUUAAUCGACGCACGUACAAUUGUAUUAAGCCUCUAAUUAUCCUAUACAUAUGCUGGAAGCGAAAAUAAAAAACCACUAAAAGUUAAACGAAAAUUUUAAAUGAAAAAAAAUCUAUUAUAGAAAAAUGAAUCUAUUAAGAUGAAGUAUAUUGAAAAAUAAAACACGUCCGAUAUCACGGUCCCUCCUAACAACUUAGCCGGUAGCUUGUAUACAGGCCCUUUGCACGACGAUGCACGCUUUCUUCGACGACGCGACGCAAUGUGCCGAUUGUCGCGAUUUUUUGAAUUAAUAAAAAAAGUAAAAACCGCGACACGACGCGCAUUUCGUUCGUCGGCUGCACGCGGGUCUCUAUAUGGAAUAGUCACUGUUUUUAAACUUAUGUACUUGUAAGCAUCUAUUCGAUCGAGUGCACAAUCGUACAUCUGUGUGUCUGUACUUUUUUUUUUCGUUGUUUUCCCUGCGAUUCUAAUGUUUCUUAUUUUCUAGCCAAAUGGAUGCGGUACUCCGUUAUACCCGUUUAAAAGCUCAACAGUUCUCGAGCUCCUCGAUCGUUCGGGGAGCUCCGAGGAGCGCACGAGAAUAGAAAUGGGCAGCUAUAUAACAGUGAAACGAAAAAAAAACAAAGGAAAAAAAGGGAAAAAGUCGGAAGAUUCACGAGAGGAGACAAGAUGUGCGAUUGUGUUCCUUGACGUUAGACAGUCGUGUAUAGUUAUAUCUAUAUGUGUAACGUAGGGUAGAUCGUAGAAGAAGGUAUAAAAAUCGAUGUCGCGCGUUCGUCGCCCUACGAGGUCGGAUACUUUUCGAAUUCAGACAAAUCCUUGUUUGACAUUUUUUUCUCUCUGUCUCUCUCUCUUUUUUAGCCUCUACCCGUCCCCUCUAUUUUUUACAUCGUCGUAGUACGAAAUCGUUUAGUGCUUUACAAAUACGCCUGUAAGUACGUACGGCUUUCUAUACCCUCCUCUUUUUGUUCUUCAAAACAUUUUUGACUCGAUGUCUAUGUAGUUAUAAGUAGAAUAACAGGGAGACUUUUCUUUGAAAAAAAUAAGAAAUAAUGAAUUUUCUUCUCAAUAUAUAAAUGUGAAUUACCGUAUAAAUUAUAAGAGCAGAUCUUAAAAAGAAACAAGUACGAAUCUAAAAUUUCGUAUUCAAAGCUAUGGCUGUGAUUUCUAUAUAAUUAAUAAUCAGUACAGUUCGUAUUGUCCUGCAGAAACGACACUACUCGUUAAAUAAAAUUCAUAGAAAUAUAACAAA